AUGGCCCCGGACAAGCCUUCUCAUCGGUUCGACCCCAACUUCACCAACCAGGUGGUUGAGGGCAUGGGGCCCAAGACCAGCCCUCGUAACCGCGAGGUGCUGGGUGCCCUCAUCCGCCACAUUCACGACUUUGCCCGCGAGACCGAGCUCACCAUCGACGAGUGGAUGGCGGGGGUUAAAUAUGUCAACUCCCUGGGCGAAAUCUACGUCAAGAGCAACAAGACGCGUAACGAAACGCACCGGAUCUGCGACGUUCUCGGGCUUGAAUCCCUCGUCGACGAAAUCGCCCACAAAAUCAUCUCCGAGUCCGGCAUGGACCCAACCUCCUCCUCCAUCCUAGGCCCCUUCUGGUCCCCCGACGCCCCCUUCCGCCAACUCGGCGACAUCAUCUACCAAGACGGCGUGCCCAAGAACGGACGCGUAGUCAAAAUGCACGGCGUGAUCCGCGACAUCACCAGCGGCAAACCCAUCCCCGGCGCCGUCUUCGACAUCUGGCAAGCCUCUGCCAACGGCAAAUACGAUUUCCAGGACCCGGACAACCAGACCCCCAACAAUCUGCGGGGCAAGUUCCGCGCCGACGCUCAGGGCCGCUAUGUGCUGUAUUGCCUGCACCCGACGGCGUACUCGCUGCCGAGGGACGGGCCGUCGUUCCAGUUGCUAACGAUGAUGGAUCGUCACCCGAUGCGCCCAGCGCAUAUUCAUAUUAUGGUUACGCACCCGCAUUUCCAGGGAUGCACGACGCAGUUGUAUCCGAGUGAUGAUCCGUGGAUCAAGAGUGAUACUGUGUUUGCGGUCAAGGAUGAUUUGGUGGUGGAUUUCAAGCCAUUGAGCGGGGAUUCCAAGGCGACGCUGGAGUUGGAGUACAAUGUUAACCUGGCACCGAAGGGGUAUAGAGGCAAGCUGUGA